AUGCCGGACGACAAGCCUGUUUUGUCUGGUGAAUUGCAGGCCAUGAAGGACGAACUCAAGGAGUUUUUUGCUAAGGAGAUAAACAAGGUGGCGCAAGACGUCCAAGCGGCCAAUCAUACGAUUGAGGGUGUGAACAAACGCCUCUCUACACUGACCGACAGGGUUCAACAUCUUGAAGUCAACCCUUCCAAGAACAAAGACGAUGAUGAUGACUGGCUAGAGGACGAUGAUGAAAUCAUUUUUAGGUCUGAUGGCGAGCCUGAUAUGGCUAAGACUCGUGCGGAGAAGGUCCGUCGUCAAUAUCUUCGCAAGAAUAAAACAGGUAUGGGAGGAACCAAACAUCGGCGCACUAGAAGUAAUGAUGAUCUUUAUGCCAAAGUCAAAUUUACCAUACCUUCUUUCCAUGGUCGUUAUGAUGCAGAGGAAUACUUAGAUUGGGAGAUGACUGUUGAACAAAAAUUUGCUUCCCAUCUUGUUCCUGACCAACAUAGGGUUAGACAAGCCACUAUUGAAUUUAAAGAUUUUGCUAUAAUCUGGUGGCAAGACUGUGCUCAAUUAAAUAUACAACCUGAUUCAUGGGACGCGCUUAAGAUAGCAAUGCGUGAUCGUUUUGUUCCUGCAUCUUAUAAGCGUGAUAUGCGUAAGAAAUUACAACGUUUAGAUCAGAGUGAUAUGUCUGUUCAGGAGUAUUAUGCAGAGCUUCAAAAGGGCAUGGUUCGAUGUGGUGUAGUUGAGGAUGCUGAGGAUAAAGUGUAUCGCUUUUAUGGUGGUUUGAAACGUGAAAUUCAUGACAUUGUUGACUAUAAAUCUUUUACUACCACCAACCAGUUGUUCCAGCUUGCUAUGCUUGCAGAAAAAGAAUUGCAGGGACGACAACAACAGCAGCAGCAACCACCUCAGAGCAGGAGCACCACCAACAGAUCCUACAUGCCCAAGUCUUUUACUCCCAAAGGUGCUUCCACGGCGGUGUCACCAGCUCCAGCGACCACGCCUGCCGAUGGUAAGCCUCGUGUGCAGGAACCGACCAAGAGUGCCUCACCAGCAGCGCGCUCUUCCUUUGGCAUUCAGUGCCAUCGCUAUCAGGGCUUUGGCCAUGUGAUUGGAGAAUGCCCAAGCAAGCGGACAUACAUUGCCACUGAUGAUGGUGGCUACAUCAGUACUUCGGAUGCUGAGGACGAUACUGAGGAUGACCCACCUUCUAAUGUGGGUCUUUCAUUGAGUGUGGGUGAUGCGGGCUCUCAGCAGAUUUGUAUUGUCCACCAUGUUCUCAGUACACAAUUGGGACAAGCAGACAAGAUGCAACGCCAUAAUUUGUUCCAGAUUUUAUUUGUGAUCAACGAUCAGCGUGCACGUGUCAUCAUUGAUGGAGGCAGCUGCAACAACCUGGUUAGUGCUGUUUUGGUCCAGAAGUUGGGUUUGGCCACUCGCCCUCAUAAACAUCCUUACCAUGUUCAGUGGCUAAACGACUCGGGUAAGGUUAAGGUAAAUCAAACUGCACGGGUGCAUUUUUCUCUUGGUCCAUAUUCUGAUUAUGCAGAUUGUGAUGUGGUACCCAUGGAUGCAUGUUCGCUUUUGUUGGGUCGUCCAUGGGAAUUUGAUAAUGAUGAUGUCCACCAUGGUAGAAGUAACACAUACACACUUAUGUAUAAGGGCCAGAAAAUCACUUUGCACCCAAUGACCCCUGCUGAAAUUGUACAAACUGAUAAAGAACGACUUGCUUCACCUGAUGUUUCUGCUCCAGUUGCAACCCAGCCCGCUAUUAAAUUGAAAAAUCAUAAUAUGCUUGUAACCAAAUCUGAUCUAUAUGAUAUGGAUGCUUCUACUGUGUGCUAUGCUUUGAUAUGUAAGGAUGCUUUAUUUCCUAUUCGUGAUAUAGCUAGCACUUUGCCUCUUGCGGUCGCUGACAUUUUGCAGGCAUAUGAGGAUGUGUUUCCAAAUGAGCUCCCACCGGGGUUGCCACCUUUGAGAGGUAUUGAGCACCAAGUUGAUUUGAUUCCGGGAGCGUCUUUGCCCAACCGAGCAGCAUACAGGACCAAUCCCGAGGAGACUAAAGAGAUUCAGCGAGAAGUCCAAGAGCUUUUGGACUGCGGUUAUGUGCGUGAGAGCCUUAGUCCUUGUUCUGUACCUGUGCUUUUGGUUCCUAAGAAAGAUGGUACAUGGCGCAUGUUUGUAGAUUGUAGAGCCAUUAACAACAUAACUAUUCGAUACCGUCAUCCUAUACCUCGGUUAGAUGAUAUGCUUGAUGAGUUAAGUGGCGCUAUAUUUUUUACAAAGAUUGAUUUGCGUAGUGGAUACCACCAGAUUCGCAUGAAGUUGGGUGAUGAAUGGAAAACUGCUUUUAAGACAAAAUUUGGUUUAUAUGAGUGGUUAGUGAUGCCUUUUGGUUUAACUAAUGCACCUAGCACUUUCAUGCGUUUGAUGAAUGAGGUUUUACGUGUUUUCAUUGGUAAAUUUGUGGUGGUUUAUUUUGAUGAUAUCUUGAUAUAUAGCAAGUCACAUGAGGAACAUUUGGAUCAUCUACGUGCUGUUUUUGACGCCUUGAGAGCGGCGAGCUUGUAUGCUAACCUUGAGAAGUGCAUUUUUUGCACCGAUCGAGUUGCUUUUCUUGGCUAUGUUGUGACUCCUCAGGGCAUUGAAGUGGAUGGUGCAAAGAUUGAUGCCAUUAGGAGCUGGCCUACCCCUCAGACUAUUACACAGGUGCGAAGUUUUCUUGGUCUUGCAGGGUUCUAUCAGCAUUUUGUGAGAGAUUUCAGCACCAUUGACGCCCCACUACAUGAGUUGACGAAGAAAGGUGUUUCUUUCCAUUGGGGCCCAGCACAAGAUCAAGCUUUUAAUACUUUGAAAGAGCGGCUUACUUCGGCGCCUUUGCUGCAACUUCCUGACUUUGGUAAGACUUUUGAGCUUGAAUGUGAUGCCAGUGGCGUUGGCAUUGGUGGCUUGUUGAUGCAAGGAGGUAAACAUGUUGCUUAUUUUAGUGAGAAAUUGAAUGGGCCUACUCUGAAUUAUUCCACGUAUGAUAAAGAAUUUUAUGCUCUUGUUCGUUCUCUAGAGACGUGGCAACAUUAUUUAUGGCCUAAGGAAUUCAUUAUUCAUUCUGAUCAUGAAUCACUUAAGUACCUUCACAUGCAAAAUAAACUGAACCGUAGACAUGCCAAGUGGGUUGAAUUUAUUGAAUCUUUUCCAUACAUCAUUAAACACAAGAAAGGGAAAGAUAAUGUUAUUGCUGAUGCCUUGUCUCGUCGUUACACCAUGUUGUCUCAACUUGAUUGUCGCAUUUUUGGACAUGAGUCGAUUAAGGGACAGUAUGAACUUGAUGCUGCUUUUAAAGAUGUGAUCCUGAAUUAUUUGAGGAAGUCUAAGUUAAUGCCAAGAGCUGAUGGUCCAUUCAAAAUACUUGAGAAAAUUAAUGAUAAUGCAUACAAACUUGAGUUGCCUCCGGAGUUCGGGGUUAGUCCCACCUUUAACAUUUCAGAUUUGAAGCCUUACUUGAGAGAAGAGGAUGUGCUGGAGUCGAGGACGACUCCGAUUCAAGAGGGGGAGAAUGAUGAGGACAUCACUCCUAUGGAUAUAUAA